AGGCCCCAUCAAAAAUCAGAAUGUGUUAGGUAUUUGGAGAUCACACGCUGUUAGGAAUAGUUUAUUUUCCAUUUUAAGUUGAAUACAAAAAUCUUCUUAAAUAUGUUGAAGUAUUUUUCAUAUGAAGAAAAUAGAUUAUUCGUACAUAAAACCAAGGCAUUUUUAAAACUUCCCCCCUCCCUUCCCCAAAGAUGUGUAUUUCCAAAGGGCAUUCGCCUAUAUGCACCCUCAUGAAUCUGGGACUAGACUGAAAAUAUUUCUCAAGAAUUACUAGUGACUUGUGGGAAUGCCACUUGAUUUUGCUUUAUUUGCAUGUAGUAUAUGUUUGUGUCUAUACAAACAAAUCUAUGUUAGAUAUUUACAAAGAGAGGCUCUUUAUGAAAUUCUCUUUGCCAGUUUUGCCAACUGACAUCUUAACCUUGUAUUGCUAUUACUGUAUCGAGAUAGCAGUGUAUACUAGUGCUGCUUAGAGACACAAAAUACUUAGGACCCCAGAAGGCCUCUUUUCACACAGUUUCUUAUUUGGGGAAUAUGGUAGCAGAUUUACUUAAGUUUAAAGAGAGUCUACUUAAUCACAAGUUCUCAUGAACAAAACAUGAAAUUACAAGAUUUUGUGCAACAAAAAGAUAGAUUUUUGAAAUGUGAACUUCAAAGUCUCAUCUGAAGAAGUUAUAGGUGUUUACUCCUACCCCCUUCAUCACCACCACCACAUUUUUUUAUAGGCAAAUAUAAUUAAAUAUGAUAUUUAGGGUCAUCUGUCUUCUUUAAGAUGAGUGAAACUAAGACAAAGUACAAAAUCAAAGUGGCAUCUUACUUUCGUGUGUUAAACUGAAUGCCUCAUUUUCUUAAAUGCAAAACAUAAAAAGUGAUUCUCCUUAUUAAUGAUGGAUGGUUAAGACGUCUUAAAAAAAAACAUAUUUCACUUUUUAGAUCAUUCUUUGCUUGAACUCUGCUCUUUUUCUUCAUCCAAAGUGCUGGUUUUGUUGGGGUUAAUAUGAUACUGAAUGAAUCCUUCACUCUUGAUAAUUUUUAAAAAUGCAAAAUCCUGGAGUUUCAGGAUCAAGAUGUUUCUGGGUGGGGAGGGCAGAAAGAGAACCCUAAAAAAAUCUCAUACUUCUUGACUUCAUAGAAGUCUUUAAAAUAAGCAUGCCCCUGUAAUGCCCUUGGAAAACAAAAAAAGCUAUUUGAAUAUUAAUAUGCCUGGUAUGAAAUUGACUUCAUUUUAGUGAUUGGCAUGAAUUGAAUUCUUAACAACAAUGAGCUGAUCAACUUUCAUUUUACAAAAAUGAUUCUUCAAAUUAAUGCUGUUUUACUAAUUGCAUGGUUUUGAUGUCUACUAUUAAAAGUAUAGACACCCCCAGACACACACCUGGCAAAUGACAGCUUUAAAAUAGCUCUCUUUCUUGUAUAAAAUGUGUAUGUAUAUAUCAUUGUAUUUACAUGUUUAGGCAAAGUUGAAUUUUAUAUCUUCAAAUGAAUUCUUUUUGUUAGGGUGCAGAUUUUUGAGGAUUGUGUAUAUUCCCUCAUUGUGAACUUGAUACUGCAAAUCAUCAGUGCUAUGCUUUACCUUAGUUUUAAAUGGCCAGGGAUGUGAUGUAUUGCUGUAUAAGCUCCCCAGAAACCAAAAGUUCUGUGCAUUUAGAAAUGUGUUUUCCUGUCUUAAUAAAUCCCUGUACUGGAUACUCAACUUUUUAGAAAAUAAUUUAAAUUUUCACUUAGUUGAAUACUACCUAAGGGAAUUGCCUCUAGUAAAACAGUUUAAAAUAAUGUAUAUAAAAUAAUGAACCUUAGCAAUGCCCAUUAUUUAAUAAAGUUUGUAAAGUAUAAAGUAAAUUAUAGUGUGAAUCAAUGUAUAUAAACUAGAAAAUUCAGAUUUCCCUCCUUAACUACAGCAGUCAACCUCUCAUCAUGUAUAUCACUGUUGCACAAUUUAUUUAGGUUCAAGACAGUGUACAGGUUUUCCAGAGGGCCAGUUCAUGCUAUUUUCUAUAUAUUUGGAGUAUAUGAAACAUAUUAUGAGUGGCUUGGGACAUGCAGUCCAGUAGGUAGCUAAAUACUAUAUACUCAUUUUUCCCCAAAAUGACAAUUAAUUUUGAACUGUUUGUUGAAAAAUGUUUUUCAAAUGUGCAAAAAGACACAGCAUCACAUUGCUUGCAAUCUUAUCUGAUGCUUAUUGGGAAGAGAAACAGAAUUGUUAUAAUAUGUUAAGGUUAAUGGAAUAUGUAGCUUAAAGCCAAUUCUAUUCUUGAAUAUAAACUCAUCCAAAUUAAAUUUAAAGUACAUAUUCCUUAACUUGGUGUGAUGCGUGUGUGUGAGUGUGAGGGAAUGGGGAUGGGAGGAAGAACCUUACUGAAGACUUUGUAAUGGUGGAUUUUAAACUUGACUAUCAGUCCACCAGAUAAACAUUCCCUUGUGCUAUUCAACCCGAAGGCAAAAACCAGUUUGGAUUAGCUUUAAUUUAAAGAAAUUGGUGACAGGAAAACCUGUACCCCACGUGAAGAAUGUGAAUUAACUAAAGCCUCAUAGAGGAAAGAUAAUGUGAAUAAUUUUAAAAGUUAGUUUACAAUAAGCCAUGUGAACAGGUGAUAUAAUCAGGUGUUAAGUAACAUGUUUAUUUUUAGUAUAAUAGAGGCAAGAAAGGUAUUUGACACAAAGAAUCUGGUCUAGAGAUAUUCUUACAUUGUAAAGAGCAAAAGUUUUUAAGACAUUGCUUAGAGAGUUCUCCAAUUCACUGCAUUGUGCUUAUGGUUCUAUAUCUGGGUAAGAACAGCUAUACUCAUCUCCACCAGCCCAACAGGUUCAUGACAGAAGUAACCUCCUCAACAUUUCUGCUAGUUUGUGUGUGCGCGUGCACGCACGCGCGUGUGCACAUGCACAUACACACACACACACAUAUAAAAUGUUUUAUUUUAACUUUGUCAAAUCUUGUCCUAUGGAUAAGACUUAGAGCUUCUUAUUGCACUUUUUUCAUGACUUAUUUUGUUUAAAAAUAAAACAUGUACUCUUAAACCUAGGUCUUCACAUUUUGCUUUUUUCCAAGUUAAAUUCAAAUAAAUGUCAAACCCAAGAGAAAUGUAGUUUAUGUUGUAGCUAUUAUCAAGAGUUUGAUAAAUGCAGAUUAUGUUUGUGACAAAUAUCUAAAAGCUUGUAAUGCAAUAAAGAAAAUAAGCUUUCUAUGAGUUUAUAAUAUGAAAAUCAAGGGAUAAAAUAUACUGGACCUGUGACUUCAUUUGCAUAGGAAAAUUUCAAAAAUGUAAAUAAGCACCUUCUAUGUCACUUAAAGAAUCAGUUACCUUGCCCAAGGUUCCAUGGCCAGUAUUUGUCAAAGGCAGCUCUGGAACCCAAGUCUUUUUGGAUGCAAGGCUGGCUGUGUAGCCACUUUGCAAAUGACAUUAAAAGCAACAUUGGAAGAAAAUUCUGAAAGUGUCAGCAUCUCUUAUAAAUUACUCUUUACUUUCCAAAACAUUCUCAAAUCAGUCAAAAAAAUUUGGAGUUUAAACACUGGGGAAAGUUGAAUUUAUGAAUUGGAAUAAAAUAAAAGAAAUAUGCAAAGUUUUUGAAUUUCAGUAUCCAAAUAUUUAACACAUUCUAUGAUGUUUUUUACUUAAUUGAAUUUUUAAAAUACCCUUCUGUUUUAGAAUCACUGAGUCUCAAUAACAAGGGAGAAAGAGCAAUAAAAGCUAGGCAUUUGGAGUUAAAUGACUUACCUAAGAUCACAUACCUGCGCAGUUCACAUUUGAACCCAUGGCCUCCCUAAACCAGGCCUGGCUUUCUACCCACUGAGCCAUCUACAUACCCCAACGAUUAAAUUUUCAUAAGCAGAACCAGUCAAAUUAAAAAUUAAUAACUAUUGACAGAACUACUGAUUGGCUGUUGAUGGAAUAUUAGCCUUUAUUAACCUAGUUUCAUUCAUGCUAAUUUGGCCAUAAGGUCAACUUAAAAAAAAAUCUUAUUCAAUACUAGAAUCUGAAAGUUCAGUUUAUAGGCUGUCUUGGACUUCUUACUGUCAUCCUAAAGUACUUCCAAAAAUUGUGAGAAUGGAGUAUGAGUUUUUAAAUAUCUUAUUAGUUUCACAGAAAAAAACUUGCUUUGGAAACCAAAAGCUUAAGGGACUAGGUAUUCAAUUAAUUUUUAAAUGAGCCAGCGGAAUACUAUGAAGUCCUUAAAAAGAGCAUUGAGUUGGAGGACAAUUGAGUCUAUGACCUCUUAAAAUUCAACAAAAUCUAAUAUUAUUUGUUGGUUUUGAGCAAUGGCUAUUUCAAGAAGAAAAGUUUUCCUUUAGAUUCUGAAAUUCCAUUUUUAGAAUAAAAAUAUUUCUCAGGGCAGAUAUGCCAAAUGACUAAAGAACUGGAAGAACACCAAACUCUGUAGAAUAAAAACCUUGUUCUGGGACAAGUAGUGGGAGAGGGAGAAAAUGAAUCAGGCAAGAUUAAGGAAUAGGUGUUUGUGUCUCUGUUGAGUCAUGGAACUCUCGGCCUGUGUGAAACCAAACUCCCCCCACAAUGUGGUUUAACUAACUGAAGGAAAUGCUAAACUUAAGUUAGGGGCUAUGUUACUGAACAUCAAUUUAUAAAAAAUAUUUCCCCAUUUGAGUUCAUGAAUCUCUAAAAUUCUAUCAUCUGAGCCCCAGGUUAUUUUCACAAAAGUCAGGGCCAAAAGGUUGAUACUUGUUACUUCGUAAUUUUUUCCUUUGUUAUUUUAACCCCCUAGAAGUAGAUGAGCCAAAACUCUCAGCUAAAGAGACAGUGUGUUGUUGCAAAGGUAGCUAGCAUCAGCAUCCGUAUUUCCUUUGCUGCAUCUUUUUAAAUCGUCAUGCUAAAGUGAAGACCUCAAAAUUAGGGUCGUGGCAACUUCGAUGACCAGAGCAUGGUCGGGCAGGUGCUUCGAUCCAAGCUCUAGGGGCGUCACUGGGCUUGGGGAUGGCAGGCGUUCCCAAUCUUCUAGGUGGGGUGCCCUCUAGGGGUUGGCUUCUGGUCCCCUAAGAAGGAAGCGCCCGCUAGCUUCCUGCAGCUUCUCUAGCUACUGAGUUCCCAAGAGUUCCGCCCAGCCCAGCCUGGACGGCGUAGAGCCCUGGUAUUGAGUAACUUGGCGCAGCUGCAGCGUCUCUUCUCUUUGGCAGCAGCAGCGGCGGCGGCAUCGCGGCAUCACCGCACCGCGGGAGGAUUCAGGUAGCCCGCGCCUCCGAGCCAGCAUCCUUGGCUCCUCGCUCACCAGAGGCGACAGCAGCUCCAACCCAGCCAUGAGCACGAGGUGGUCAGGGGUCCUCAGACAACUCCGCUGGGCGCAUCAGCCCCAAGCCCCUCGCACUCCCCGCGGCUGCCGGCAGAGUAUUGCCGCGCGGCGGCUGUUUCCGACCUGGGAGACGUUCCAGAUGCCCUGCCGGGCUGGCAGCAGCAGUGGCGGCAGCGCGGGUGAGGGCCUGCUCGGGCAGCGGCGGCUACGAGAGCAACAGAGCGGAAGCAGCGGCCGCGCGGGCGGGAAAGCGCCGCUGAAGCCGGACGCCGUGGUCAGAGAAAUAAUUCAGAAUUCAAAAGAAGUUUUGAAUGUAUUGCAAAAAGGAAACCCUUCCUUUAAGCCAGUGCUUGCAAUUGUCCAGGCAGGUGAGGAUAACUGGAUGCAAGAGAUAAACCAGAAUUUGGCUGAAGAGGCUGGUCUGAACAUUACUCACAUUUGCCUGCCUCCUGACAGCAAUGAAGAUGAGAUUAUAGAUGAAAUCUUAAAGCUCAAUGAAGAUCCUAGAAUUCAUGGCCUCACUCUUCAACUCUCCAUCAGCUCAUUUAGCAACAAGAUACUUAAUGCUUUGAAACCAGACAAAGAUGUGGAUGGGGUGACAGAUGUAAACCUGGGAAAGUUGGUAAGAGGAGAUGCCCAUGAGUGUUUUGUUUCACCUACUGCCAGAGCUGUGAUUGAACUUCUUGAGAAAUCAGAUUUCAUCUUAGAUGGGAAAAAGGUUUUGGUGGUAGGAGCCCAUGGUCCUUUGGAAGCUGCCCUGCAGUGCCUGUUCCAGAGGAAGGGAGCCAUGACCAUGAUCUGCCCCUGGGAAACUCCUCAGCUUCAAAGCAAGCUUAAUGAGGCUGAAAUUGUGGUGAUGGGCUCUCCUAAACCAGAUGAAAUUCCACUUAGUUGGAUACAACCAGAAACUACCAUUCUCAAUUGUUCCUCUGACCUUCUGUCAGAGAAGCAUGAUUAUGGUCUCCAUAAUGGCCUGACCGUAGAAGAUGAUGUAGGCCUCCUUGCAGCAGCUCUGAGGAUUCAGAAUGUAGUUAACAGUGGGAGAAAAUGGCUUUGGGAACAGCAGUACAGGAAGUGGAAGCUCCGAUGUUUGAAGCUGCAACCACUCUCUCCAGUACCCAGCGAUCUUGAGAUUUCCAGAGGACAGACUCCAAAAGCAGUUGAUGUCCUUGCCAAGGAGAUAGGAUUGCUUGCAGAUGAAAUUGAAAUCUAUGGCCAGAGCAAAGCCAAAGUACGAUUGUCCCUGCUAGACAGGUUAAAGGAUCAAGCAGAUGGAAAAUACGUCUUAGUUGCUGGGAUCACCCCUACACCCCUGGGAGAAGGGAAAAGCACAGUCACAGUUGGGCUUGUUCAAGCACUGACCGCACAUCUGCAUGUCAAUUCCUUUGCUUGUCUGAGGCAGCCUUCACAAGGACCUACUUUUGGUGUUAAAGGGGGAGCUGCAGGUGGUGGCUAUGCUCAGGUCAUCCCCAUGGAAGAGUUUAAUCUUCACUUGACUGGUGACAUUCAUGCCAUUACUGCUGCUAAUAAUUUGCUGGCUGCUGCUAUUGACACCCGGAUUUUGCAUGAAAGUACUCAGACAGAUAAGGCUCUGUUUAAUCGAUUGGUGCCAUUAGUGAAUGGUGUGAGACAGUUUUCAAGCAUUCAGCUCAGUCGAUUGAAAAAAUUAGGAAUAAAUAAGAGUAAUCCAAGCACACUGACAGAAGAAGAAAUGACCAGAUUUGCCCGGCUUGACAUCGACCCAACUACUAUCACAUGGCAAAGAGUAUUGGACACAAAUGACCGAUUUCUACGAAAAAUAACCAUUGGUCAGUCUAAGACAGAGAAAGGAUUCUUUCGCCAGGCCCAGUUUGACAUUGCUGUUGCAAGUGAGAUCAUGGCUGUUUUGGCACUAACAAAUAGCCUAGAAGACAUGAAAAUACGGCUGGGGAGAAUGGUGGUAGCCAGUGACAAAAAAGGACAACCUGUAACUGCUGACGAUUUGGGAGUGACCGGAGCUUUGACAGUUUUGAUGAAGGAUGCAAUUAAGCCAACUCUGAUGCAAACCUUAGAGGGAACGCCUGUGUUUGUUCAUGCUGGCCCCUUUGCUAACAUUGCUCAUGGCAACUCUUCGGUGUUAGCUGAUAAAAUUGCGCUGAAAUUGGUUGGUGAAGAAGGUUUUGUGGUCACAGAAGCUGGUUUUGGAGCUGAUAUUGGCAUGGAGAAAUUCUUCAAUAUCAAAUGUAGAGCUUCUGGCUUGGUUCCCAAUGUAGUGGUUCUGGUUGCAACAGUGCGGGCAUUGAAGAUGCAUGGAGGUGGCCCAAGCGUGUCUGCCGGUGUCCCUCUUAAGAAAGAAUAUACAGAAGAGAACCUUCAGCUGGUAGCUGAUGGAUGCUGUAACCUUCAGAAACAAAUUCAGAUUGCUCAACUUUUUGGAGUUCCAGUUGUGGUUGCUCUAAAUGUCUUCAAGAGUGACACACGUGCUGAGAUUGACUUGGUCUGUAACCUCGCAAGGCAGUCUGGGGCCUUUGAUGCCAUUCCCUGCCAUCACUGGUCUAUUGGUGGUAGAGGGUCAAUAGACUUGGCUCGUGCUGUGAAGGAAGCUGCAAACCAAAGAAGUCACUUCAGAUUCCUCUAUGAUGUGCAACUUCCCAUUGUUGAAAAAAUAAGAACCAUUGCUCAGAAAGUCUAUGGGGCCAAAGAUAUAGAGCUUUCUCCUGAGGCGCAAACUAAAAUAGAACGUUACACACAACAGGGUUUUGGAAAUUUGCCUAUUUGCAUGGCAAAAACCCACCUAUCUCUUUCUCAUGAGCCUGAGAAAAAAGGGGUCCCAACUGGUUUCAUUUUACCAAUUAAUGACGUCCGCGCCAGCAUCGGUGCUGGGUUCAUUUACCCACUGGUUGGAACGAUGAGUACCAUGCCAGGACUUCCUACCCGACCAUGCUUUUAUGAUAUAGAUCUUGACCCCAAAACAGAGCAAGUAAAAGGCCUGUUCUGAAAGAACCAGCAACCAGCAUGGAGGAGGAAGAUGUCCAUUCACAUUAUAUGUGACACGUGUGGAGGAGAGAAAUUAUAAGGCAUGCAAAAGGACAAGAAGCUAGAGAUUGAUCAGCUGUCAAUCAAAGGAAAAUUCCAUGUGGAAUAUGACCAGGAAACAGUUGGAGGCAAGAGCCAACUGCUGACUAUUUGGAGGACUUUUGGCUGAUGGUGACUUUGAAGGAAGAAGCUGGGUUUAUCUCUGGGACUUGGGAUAAUCAAGCUGGAGGUGGCCUGGCUGAUUUGAAGACAGAAGAAGAAGAACAAUAGUCCAUAUAUCUCUCUCUGGCUUGCUCUGUUUCAUGGUAGUGGCUAAAUUGCCAUUUCUCUCAAUAUCUUCCAAUAUAAGACUUACUGUAGAUAAUAGGGAAACCUCCAACCCUCUUACCUUAUCCUCUAUCUUUCCUGUUUUCCACAAUAAACCUUUACUUGAGAUGAAGAGAAAA